GUUCAGUAUUUGGCAAACGGUGCUGGAGAAAGAAAGUAGUUUAGUGUUUUCGGUAUUUUGUCAUGUCUUCAUCUGGUUGAACAAGACUUGCCACUAAAAUGAUUUUAAAACAAUGACAAAAGUACAGUAAUAACUGUUAAUUAAAUAAUACAAUAAUUCUUCCUGUAGAAGACAGAUAUAUACAUAUUCACAAUGAAUUCUCUAAUUGUAUUUACUUUAAUACUUGUUACAUUACUUAAUGUAAAACAUGGAUUAUUAAUAACACAACAUCCAAAACUAUUAGUAAUAUCAUAUGAUGCAUUCAGGUAUGAUUAUUUUGACAGAAAUUUAACACCAUUCAUGAACAAAUUGAGACAUGAAGGCACACAUGUAGAUUAUAUGAUGAACAUUUUUGUCACGAAAACAUUCCCUAACCAUCAUACAAUGGCUACAGGAUUAUAUGCAGAAACUCAUGGAGUUGUUGACAAUAAAUUUUAUGAUCCUAUUUCAGAAAAUACAACAGAUGAUUUAUAUGAUUUAUAUCACUAUGAUAAUAGAAUUCUUCCUAUUUGGAUCAUCAAUGAAAAAGGUGGUGCUCAAAGAAGAAGUGGUACAAUGAUGUGGCCUGGUUGUGCUUAUGAAUAUCAAGGAAUUACCCCUACAUUUUCACAGAAUUUCCUUAUAUCUAUGCCAUGGGAAGAAAGAAUAGAUACUUUAAUAUCAUGGUUUGUUCAUCCUAUACAUCCAAUAAAUUUUGGAAUAUUAUACUUUGAGGAGCCAGAUUAUCAUGGCCAUGGUAUUGGAAUAAAAGGACCUGAAUUUGAUGAUAUUCUUAGAAAAUUAGAUAAUAUAACUAGAUAUCUUCAUAAUAAGAUAGAAUAUCAUGGUUUACAUGAUCUCAACAUUAUUCAUUUGAGUGAUCAUGGAAUGGCAAGUGUUAAAUUAGACAGAAUAAUAGAUUUAACAAAGUAUAUUAACAGUUCCGAUUACAAGUAUGUGGGUACCUCACCAGGACUUCACAUUUUCCCCAAUACUGGUAAAGAAGAAACAAUUUACCAAGCAUUGAAACAGGCAUCAUUAGAAACAAAGACAUUCAGAGUGUAUAAAAGAGAAGAAAUUCCAAAAAAAUAUCACUACAGCAAUAACACACGUGUUGGUCCUAUUUUUAUUAUUGCUGAAGUUGGAUAUGCAUUCGAUAAUCUUUAUCAGAAUAUAGAGCAUUAUAAAAAGGAAUUUAAUAUUACCGUAACCAGUGAUUCAGAAUUCGGACUUCAUGGUUACGAUAAUGAAGCUGUAGAAAUGCAUCCUUUCUUCUUUGCAAAUGGUCCAGCAUUUAUGAAUAAAUGCAAACUCGAGCCUUUUAGUAAUCUAGAUUUAUUUCCAUUAUUUUGUAAGAUACUUGGUCUACAAUGUCCUAUAGGGAAUGGUACUUUAUCACAUUUAACCAAAUGUCUUAAAAAGCACCAACAAGAUAUCACAGUGAUCGCUUAUCGAAAGAUAUUUGUAGCCACUACUAUAUCCAUGACAAUGGUUGGAGUUAUAGGAGCAAUAGUAAUGUUCUAUAUGAGGAAACGACGACAAGGAGCAAAAAGUUAUAGAUAUUAUCCAUGGGAUGGAUAGUUUAUAAAAAAUAUCAAGCAAUAUACGAAAUACAUGAAUUUUCAUAUUACAUAUAGAUAAAAUGAAUUUAAAAAUAAUGAUAAUA